UGUGCGGACUCAGAGGAGCGUCUGAUGAACUGUCUGCUGGGAAAGGAUCGCUACAACAAGCUGAUCCGCCCAGCUGUGAACAGGACAGAGCGGGUCACUGUCAAACUACAGGUGUCCCUGGCCCAACUCAUCAGUGUGAAUGAGAGAGAGCAGAUUAUGACCACGAAUGUUUGGCUCACACAGCACUGGGAUGACUACAGGCUAUCAUGGGACCCUUCUCAAUAUGAUGGCAUUGACAAGCUACGUAUUCCUUCCAGACACAUCUGGCUACCUGAUAUUGUGCUCUAUAACAAUGCGGAUGGAACCUAUGAGGUAACAGUCUUCACCAAUGCCAUUGUCCAGUUCAACGGCAGCAUCUUCUGGCUCCCUCCGGCCAUCUAUAAGAGUGCCUGCAAGAUCGAGGUCAAGCACUUCCCCUUUGACCAGCAGAACUGCACGCUCAAGUUCCGGUCAUGGACCUAUGACCACACCGAGCUCGAUUUGGUCCUGAAGUCAGGGGUGGCCAGCAUGGACGACUUCACUCCCAGUGGGGAAUGGGACAUCUUGGCCCUGCCGGGCAGGCGAACGGUUAACCCUCUGGAUCCUACCUACGUGGACCUCACCUAUGACUUCAUCAUCAAGAGGAAGCCGCUGUUCUACACCAUCAACCUAAUCAUCCCCUGUGUCCUCAUCACCUCUCUGGCCAUCCUGGUCUUCUACCUGCCGUCUGACUGUGGGGAGAAGAUGACUCUGUGUAUCUCAGUCCUCCUGGCCCUCACUGUGUUCCUCCUCCUGAUCUCCAAGAUCGUCCCUCCCACCUCGCUGGACGUGCCUCUGAUCGGGAAGUACCUGAUGUUCACCAUGGUGCUGGUGACCUUCUCCAUCAUCACCAGUGUGUGUGUUCUCAACGUGCACCACCGCUCCCCCAGCACACACACCAUGCCCUCCUGGGUCAAGGUAGUGUUCCUCAACAAGCUGCCCCAUCUGCUCUUCAUGAGACGCCCGAAGAAUAACUCUGCCCGCCAGCGGCUACGCCAGCAGAGACAACUCCGAGCUCGCAGAUCCAUCCUGGCGGACCUAGGCUACCCUGCCACCGCCAUGUCCAAAACAGCCACCGCUGCCGCCAUGUCUUCCUCCUCUGCCUCGGCCUUCUCCUCCCCGGGACACUUUUACAACAAAGUCACAGCUCCGCUGGGGUACACCCACACCUUCAGGAAGGGGGAGGCCCGCUCCACCGAGUUCCUGCCCAACAGCUUCCCCUCCUCCCAGGACCUCCGCCAGAGAGGCAGCCCAGACUGGGGGGGAGAUGUUCAGGAGGCAGUGGACGGGGUCCGCUUCGUGGCUGAUCACAUGAUGGGGGACGAUGAUAACCAGAAUGUGAUCGAGGACUGGAAGUAUGUGGCAAUGGUGGUGGACCGUAUGUUCCUGUGGAUCUUUAUAAUAGUGUGUGUGACUGGAACCCUGGGUCUCUUCCUCCAGCCUCUAUUUCAGCAUUCAAUAGUCCCCAUCCAGCAGCCCAGCUCAGACACACCCCGUACCUGA